AAUUAGGCAUGGGUGGGCUUCUACUGCUGCUAUGGCACUAACAUAAAAGAUGAUGCUGUAGGUUGAAACUAACAUGACAGAACUAGUGACAGGGCACUAAUGUGGCAGAUGAAGUUGCCGUUGAAGUUGACGUAACAAUUAAUGUGGCAACUGACUCAUCAUUCAAUCCGGUUCUGGGUUAGGCGGCAUCUGAUCUGAUCUGAUCUCUGCUACAAUAUGAUCUGAUCCAGAUUCGCCACUAGUUCCUUUAUGAGGGCUUGCGUCCAAGCGCUAAUUGUGGGGAUGGUCGCGAUGAGAGGGCUUGUCGAUGGCAUCCUGGAGGUGGAGGCCAAGGGCGAACGCCAACGGCACAAGGCUCGCCGGUGGAUCUCUCCUUGCUGGCUUACCUUUUUGGGGUCAUCGCUAAAAAGCUGCUUGAACCAAGGACAUCGAAGAAAGAAGAAGGCCGUGGGCCAGUGCUGUGGUGCUCGUCUUUUGACCGGUGUUGACCCUCUAAAGGAGGAGGAAGGCCACGAGCCGGUGCUGUCGGUGUUUGUGAGGCAAAGAUGAUGCCCCUUUUCGGUCUGACCACUUGGAGAAACCCACAAUGGUGAAGACCGCUGCUAAAGAACGAAUAGAUCCAAACGUACCUGUAUUGCAUGAUGGACAGCAAAACCUGGUGAUGUGGUGAUUUGUGAUCACGCAGCAGCAGGAUGUCCAAGGCAAAGGGAUCUAAGGCCGGCAUAUGCUUGAUGCGGACAUUGGAUCUCUCAAUGGCAGAGAGACCCGAGGGGAGGCCGCAUGUAGGAUAUAGGUGCUGAUGAGAGAGAGUGCCCUAAGAUCUGAGCUUCCAGGGCUAGAGAACUAUCCGGCUAUGUUCUGCUUUCCGGCGGGCUCCACCGCUUGGUGGUGCGCGACACAACCUUGCAAACUACGCGGAACAAAAAGGCGGCAAUCUCCCUCCCGUUUAAACCGAAACACCCCUUCUUGUUUCAAAAAGAAAAAAAAAAAACUCGACACACUAGAGGCGAGGCCAAUUAGAAUCAGCACUCAGCACCACUUCUACCGUUAUGCAUCAAACCCCGGAGGGCCCAGAAGCUUUUACAACUGGUCCCUGGAAAGCGGCGUUGUCCAUCCGAGCGCCCUCAGCUCCCGCUUUCACGCCUCCUUUGCCGCCGGGCUUUCUCCACUCCUUCGCACUGACACCCACCAUCACAACCUCCACGACUCCCAAAACGUAAUAUUAAAAAAAAAAAAACAAGAAAAUUACGUCAUCCAGUUGCCUCUAUCAUUGGCCUCUGCUAUGCACCUCCAAGAUUUCAAUCCAGAAACUCUUAUCUUGUUGGGUUGGUAGAACUCAUCCCAACUUCACUUCAGGACAGCCUUGAGAACCUUCACUCUCUUCGUUCACUGCCACUCAUGGACUAAAACCUUUUAUCCUAUUUGACAUUAUCUACCUCUCUUCUUACCGAAAGAUAGAUUGAUGAAUUCUUCCUCUAUGGCUAUGGCUAGUCCCAGAGAUAGCAACAAUCGCCGCCUCCACCACUUCCUCUCCAUCCUCCUCUUGUCUGCUACCUUUCUGGGGCGGUCGGAUGCCUGUCACCCAACGGACCGGGCAGCGCUGCUCGCCUUCAAGUCCGGUGUCACCGCCGACCCGUCGGGCCUCCUCCGCACCUGGGACGCCGCCGCCGACUGCUGCUCCUCCUGGGCCGGCGUGGCCUGCGAUCCCGCCUCCGGCCGCGUCGCCAACCUCUCCCGCCCGGGCCUCUCCUCCGGCCCCGACUUCGUCUCCGACGCCUCCGUCGCCGGCGUUCUCUCCCCGGCCCUCGGCAACCUCUCCGCCCUCCGCCUCCUCGACCUCAGCAACCUCAAGCAACUCUCCGGCCCCAUCCCCUCCUCCCUCGGCCGCCUCUCCCACCUUCAAUUCCUCCUCCUCCACUUCAACGACCUCACCGGCCCCAUCCCUGACUCCUUCACCGGCCUCCGCCGCCUCCGGUGGCUCUUCCUCAGCUCCAACCGCCUCUCCGCCGCCAUCCCCCCGUCCGUCUUUGCAUCCCGAGCUCUCGCCGAGCUGGCAUUGUCGGAAAACCAGCUCUCGGGGGCGAUCCCCGCGACCAUCGGGCGGCUGACGGCAUUGGAGAAGCUCGACCUCCACGGCAACAGCCUCACCGGCUCCAUCCCGGAGAAGAUCGGAAUGCUUCGGAAGCUCACCCAUCUCGACCUCUCCGAGAACCGUAUCUCCGGCCGCAUUCCGGAGUCCAUCGGCAAUCUCAGCAACCUCAUGGUUCUCUACCUGAACCACAACCAUCUAACCGGCGGCAUUCCCUCAUCCAUCUCCGGGAUGGCCUCUCUCCGAUUCUGCCAGAUGUCGGACAACGGCCUCAGCGGGAAUCUGCCAGCCUCCAUUGGAGCCCUUCCAAGAAUCCAGCGCUUAAUACUGGAGAACAAUCACCUCACUGGAGAAUUGCCGGCGGCGAUCGGCAGUCUCGCCACGCUCACCGACGUCUUCUUCUCCAGCAACAGAUUCACCGGAAAAAUCCCCUCCAGCUUUGGAAAUCUCGUCAGACUCAUGACGCUGGACCUCUCGAGGAACCACCUAUCGGGCCCAAUUCCACCGGAGCUCUCCAAGCUACGCAACCUCCAGGCUCUGGAUCUCUCCUUCAAUCCUCUGUUUCUCCAAUCAGGGGGCCCACCAAGCUGGCUGGCCAGAACGAAUCUCUUCAAGCUCAUGCUCGCCGGCACCGGCAUCGCCGGCCCGCUCCCCGACUGGCUAUCGUUGGCAUCCUCGAUCUCGAUCCUGGACCUCUCGAGCAACAACUUAACCGGCGAGCUGCCACGGUGGAUCGGCGGCAUGAAGGGGCUCUCUUUUUUGAACAUCUCCAACAACGGGCUCAGGUCGAGGAUUCCGGAGGAGUUCAAGAACCUGACGAUGCUGAUGGAUCUCGACCUCCAUGGUAACGAGCUCUAUGGGAAACUCCGACCGGUGCUGGCGAAGGGGACGCAGGACCCCUUGGGGCACUACAGAACGUUGGACGUGUCGAGGAACCGGUUCACUGGAGGGUUGGACGAGGACAUAGGGGAGCUGCCGGCGAUGGACGCGGUGGAGCGGCUGGUGGUGUCGGAGAACCCGGGGCUGGGGGGAAGGAUCCCGGCGACGAUGGGGAGGAUGGAGGCGCUGAAGGUGCUGGGAUUGGCCGGGGACGGGCUCUGGGGAGGGAUACCGGAGGGGGUGAUGGACUUGGAUGGGCUGACAGUGUUCGAUGUGAGGGGGAACCGCCUCAGCGGGAGGAUUCCGAGGCACACCGCCCGGCUGCCGGCGGAGGGGUUCGCCGGAAAUCUGGGGCUCUGCGGGGCGCCGCUGCCACCAUGCAAAACGCGCCGCCUUCAGUGAGAGUCGAUAACAAAAGCUUAUUAUUUCAAAGAUUCGUUUCCAUGCGCGGUGAGGACUAAACGAGAAGUUGCUCUAAGCCUGUUGCGUGUCAUUUGCCAGCUUGCAAAAAUAUUGGUGAACCAUCCCAACUUAUGCAGAGAACUCGUCAAACAAUAUAUUAAAUAUUAAUUACCAAAUAAGAGAU